GGGGGCGAACGGACGGAAUCAAAAAUAAUCAUGGAUUCUAUCAAUGUUCGGCUUUCUCGGCGCAGAUCCGAAGAAGCCCCGGUUAAAUGUCACGUGGCCCUUUUUUAGCUGCAUAUUGCCCCCACGGUUGAUUUUUACCCCAACGUUAUGUGUUGCUGCCUGCUGCUGGCCCUCAAGGUGCUUUGAACGUUGAUUGAGCCACUCUCUUUAUCGUAUCGCUCUAUUCUGCAGUCCUGUAUCAACCUACCCCUCUCUCUGCUGCGACACACUCAAUCACGACCCAUUCUCCUGCGCUUCAACAAGCUGCCCCUUUCCCGAGCCACCGCGCUGGCUUCGCCUCGCCUAGCCUUUCCAACAUGGCAACCCAAGGAUUAGACCAAGAGAGUAUCGUCAGGCGUGAACUCACGUCGAGAUGUAUUGCCAUUAUGAACAGAGCGGAUCCCGCUCUCAUAGAGUACAUGAAAUACCAUAUCGAUUCUGUGGACCCAAGCAAAGGGCCAACCUAUGAGAAAGCCAAGAAAUUUGGUCAGAUCCUCCUCGACAAUUGCAAAGAAGUAGUCGACAGACCACCCGUCUACCGAGAUGUCGCUCUUCCCACUGCUCCCCAUACCGAAGUUUCAGCCAAAGGAGACAUUGUCUACUCUGAAGUCCUGCGUCAGAAUGUCCGCAAGUUGGAGAGCUACGUCAAGGAAAUGGCUUCAGGAGGAAUCGUCGAACCCGCUGUCAACCUCGACAAAGUUCAAUCAGAUAUCGACAAACUCUGGGAGCUCGUCAACUCUCAACCCUCCAUCACUCCCGCCCAGAAAGCCGCCAUCAAGUCCAUGUAUGGCGAGGUUAUCAAAUCUCUGGGUCAUUCCGAUUCCGCCAUUUCUCCCACUACCGCCGCUUUCGAGAACGUCGCCGUUGCCCGUGCAAAGGGAACAAAGCAACGUCGAAGCUCAUCUCAGUUCCUUCGACCGAACGUCGAAGACAGGACAGAAGUAGAGGAGACUCACCUGCCGUUCUUGCACUUGAAGCGAAAAACGGGAACCAGCUGGUCAUACUCGCCAAAGUUGACCAAUAUUUACCUCGACGUCCUGACUGAGAUCGCCACCUCCGGUGUGACAUUCGCCAAGAAGGCAGCCCUCUUGACCGGUGUCGGAAAAGGCAGUAUCGGUGUUGAGAUCCUCAGUGGCCUCUUGUCUGGAGGUGCGACCUGUAUCGUCACCACCUCGAGGUACAGCCGAGCCGCUGUGGACUACUACAAGAACAUAUUCCACGAACUCGGCUCCAAGGGCUCCAAGCUCAUUGUCGUCCCCUUCAACGGUGCAUCCAAACAGGAUGUUGAAGCUUUGGUCGACUACAUCUACUCCACCCUCCAGAUCGAUCUCGACUACAUCAUUCCAUUCGCCGCCUUGCCCGAGAACGGUCGAGAGAUUGACGGCAUUGACGACAAGUCUGAACUCGCGCAUCGACUCAUGCUUACCAACCUGCUCCGACUCAUGGGUGCUGUUAAGACCAAAAAGGCAGCUCGUCACUUCGUCACUCGCCCCACUCAGAUCGUCCUCCCUCUCUCUCCCAACCACGGAACCAUGGGCAAUGAUGGUCUUUACUCCGAGUCCAAGCUCGCCCUGGAAACCUUGUUCAACAGAUGGGGAGCCGAAUCCUGGGGGGAGUACCUCUGUGUCGCCGGCGCUGUCAUUGGAUGGACGCGAGGUACCGGUCUCAUGAGCGCCACCAACACCGUUGCCGAGGGUCUUGAGAAACUCGGUGUCAGGACUUUCUCGGCCAAGGAAAUGGCUUUCAACAUUCUCGGUCUAAUGCACCCUCUGCUAUUCGACAUCACACAGAUUGAACCUAUUUGGGCUGAUCUUAACGGAGGCAUGGACCGAGUUGCUGGCCUUGGCGAGGUUCUCGCAGGCGUUCGUCUCGAUCUCAACCGCGUGGCCGAUCUCCGAAAAGCCAUAACUCUAGACGGCAACGCCGAUUUCCGUGUCACCAACGGUGAUGCCGCCGAACGACUGCACCAGAAAGUCAUGAUCGCCCCCCGGGCAAACUUCCAGUACAGCUAUCCCAAGAUUGAAUCGCCAGAUGUUCUUGCUGAACUGUCUCACCUUCGUGGUCUCAUCGACCUCGACAAGGUCAUUGUGUGUACCGGUUUUGCGGAAGUUGGACCUUGGGGAAGUUCAAGAACUCGAUGGGAGAUGGAAUCCAAGGGAGAGUUCACCAUUGAAGGAUGUAUCGAAAUGGCCUGGAUGAUGGGCUUCAUCAAGUACUUUGAUGGCAAGCUCAAGAAUGGUCAGACCUACGUGGGAUGGGUUGACGCCAAGUCCGGCGACCCUGUUGACGACAAGGAUGUUCGACCGAGGUAUGAAAAGGAUAUUAUGGCGCAUUCGGGUAUCCGAAUCAUCGAGCCCGAGCUAUUUGGCGGAUACGACCCUGAACGCAAAGUCUUCCAUCAGGAGAUCGAGCUCAACCACGAUCUCGAACCGCUCGAGGUCUCUGCUGAAGACGCAGGGCGUUUCAAGCGAGAGCAAGGUGACAAGGUCGACAUUUGGCUUGCCGAGUCUGGCGAAUGGAAGGCCAAGUUCAAGAAGGGCGCUCGAGUGUUUAUUCCCAAGUCGAUCAAGUUUGAUCGAGUCGUCGCGGGUCAGAUCCCAACCGGAUGGGAUGCCAAGCGAUACGGUAUCCCGGACGAUAUUAUUGCUCAGGUCGACCGGACCGCUCUGUGGGCGCUCGUUGCCACUAUGGAGGCGCUCAUCAUGUCAGGUGUGACUGAUCCUUACGAGCUGUACAAAUACAUUCACCCAUCAGAGGUCGGUACGGCUCUUGGAUCAGGUAUGGGAGGUAUGAGAUCUCUCAGUGCCAUGUUCAAGGACAGGCGCGAGGAGAAGGAUGUUCAGAAGGAUAUUCUUCAGGAGACCUUCAUCAACACUGUCGCUGGAUGGGUCAAUCUCUUGCUCUUGUCCGCCAGCGGACCAGUCAAAAUUCCCGUUGGAGCCUGUGCUACCGCUCUUCAAUCUAUUGAAAUUGGAUGCGACUCGAUCAUGUCUGGCAAGGCCAAACUCAUGGUCUGUGGUGGAUUCGAUGACUUCUCCGAGGAAGGCUCAUUCGAGUUUGCCAAUAUGAAAGCCACCUCCAACGCCGAGACUGAAUUUGCCAUGGGACGAGAGCCCAACGAAAUGUCUCGACCUAUGACCAGUACUCGAUCCGGAUUCAUGGAAGCUCAAGGAUGUGGUGUCCACAUUCUGAUGUCUGCCAAGACUGCUCUCGAGCUCGGUGUCAACAUUCAAAGCAUCGUCGCCUUCACUUCCACUCACACGGACAAGGCUGGUCGAUCUGUGCCUGCUCCAGGUCAAGGAGUUCUCUCCACCGCACGUGAAGUCACUCCUAAGCAUGCCCCAUUGCUCCUCGACGUCAAAUAUCGUGCCCGACAGCUCGCUUUCCGUCGACGACAGAUCAGUCAGUGGCUUGAGAACGAACACGAACUAUUGCGGUCUGAGAUGGAGGCUAAGAAGGGAUCAGACGGAGACGAUUGGUUCAAGAGUCGCGUCAGCUAUCUUGAGGAAGAUGCCCGCCGCCAGGAGAAGGAAGCUCUUGCCACGUACGGUAUGCUUCAAGGCAGCGAUCCCACCAUCGCACCUCUCCGUCGAGCCCUCGCUGUUUGGGGUCUUGAUGCCGACUCUGUCGGGGUGAUCAGCUGUCACGGAACGUCUACGAAGGCAAACGACAAGAACGAGUCGGGAGUUUACAACCAACAAUUCCAGCAACUCGGACGAGCACCCGGAAACGCUGUACCUGUCAUUGCUCAAAAAUCUUUGACUGGUCAUCCCAAGGGCGGUGCCGCUGCAUGGCAAUUCAACGGUAUGAUUCAGACAUUGACCAACGCUUUGGUCCCUGGAAACCAUAAUGCCGAUAACAUUGCCGAAGAGCUCCGAGCCUUCCCUCACUUGUUCUACCCCUCCAAACCGAUACAAUAUGUCAGAUUGGAGUGUGGUCUCCUCACCUCGUUUGGUUUCGGUCAAGUCGGAGGUCAAGCUGCUAUCGUGCACCCACGAUACCUCUUUGCCUCGCUUGAACCUCACGAGUUGUCCACCUAUGUCGAGCGAAGAGCGCUUCGAGAACUUGGCACCUAUGCUCGCAUGUCCAACAUGAUGGUCCUGAACAACCUCGUCCAAAUCAAGGAUGGGCCUCCCUACGGAGCUGAUCUCGAGUCGAAAGUUUUACUCAACCCAUUGGCUCGCGCUUCAGAGACCUCCAAGCACUCGUUUGCAUUCCAGGGCAAAUUGCCCUCCACUGUCCCGCUCCAAUCCGCCAACGCGUCGACUCUCAAGACAAUCUUCGCUCAAGCAGGUGGAGAUAUCGCUGGAGUCGGCGUCGACACUGAGCUCAUCUCGAGCGUCCCGACUUCCGAAACAUUCAGAUCACGCAACUUUACAGAUGAAGAAAUCAAAUACUGUAACGCUGCGCCUGACCCGAAUGCUUCAUUUGCUGGCCGAUGGGCCGCAAAGGAGGCAGUUUUCAAAGCUCUCGGUGUGGCUUCCAAAGGCGCUGGAGCGAGUAUGAAAGACAUUGAGAUUGUCGCGGGCCAAGCGGGACCAAGUGUUCAAUUGCACGGUGAUGCCGCUUCUGCAGCUGGAGGCAAGACGCUCAAGGUGUCUCUCUCGCACUCUGACGCAUCUGUCGUGGCGUUUGCGGUAGCUCAAUAAGAGAGGGCAUUUCGAUUGAGAGAGGAGGACGGACACGUUAGACUUAGACGACUUCACUUUAUUUUACAAGGACGUGGGGAACAGCAGGGCGGCAAAAAGAGCCUUGGCUGGGUCAACGGACCUCACUGGACGCCAGUAUGCAUUGUAUAUAUUGAGUCUUCCCUGGCUACCUUAGCACCGAGUGACAGAAAGCGACC